CAAUCAGGAGCUGAAUCAGCUAUUGAAGGAGUCGGAUGGUGCGCUGGUCUGGACACGGAAGGAACUCGCGAAGAGCAGCGAGCAUGUAGGUCACCUGGAGGCGGAGCUGCAUAAGGGACGGGAGCUCAUAAACCAGCAACAGAAGCGCCUAGAUGUCUUGGACAUCCAACACGCUGCUUAUUGACCUGCACCACGAGCAAGAGCAAAAUUCUCUGAGGCUGCGUACGAGGAACAAUGAGCUGGAAACGAUGAUCAGUGAGCUGCAGGAGAAGUUGAAGCUCACAGAAAUCCAGCUGGACGCCAAUGACCAAAGGGAGGAGCAGUUGCACUCGGAUCUGGAAAUCGUGAAGAUGGAGCUGUUCCGGUCCGAGCAGGUGACGAACCAGCUCUGCUCGAAGGAGGAGCAUCUAGGCCGCGUUUUUGAAAAACUAAAUCGCCAGGAGGAGAAGCUCAGGCGCCUGGAGGAGCUUACAGACGUGAGCUCAAAUGACAAUGCUCGCCUCUUAAAGUUGCGGGAUAGGCAGCACGAGAAGAACAUCCAAAUGGACUGGGAGAUUUCUUAACUAAAAGACACCAUUAAGGAACUGAGAGAUUAUAUUUUCAACAAUACACAGCCAGCGGCUGAAGUUCUUGGCUUCCAAGCUGGCGGCUACUCCAUGCAUCCAGAAUAUCUGAAUUUACAGCCGCAGGCGGAGACGCAGGGAAAUUUCGGAAUCCACUGUUACAUACCUCGAGCCGCUGAACGGUCAUUUUGUCCAUCAGCACGAUUUGAGCAACCAUCAGCCACAGCAGCGCCACCAUUUUUCCACCAUCGGCUACCAGGACCACUGAGCACUGAGAUCACCAUUAGCAUCACCAGCGUUAUCCGCCACCGGAAGCAGACCAGACAAUACGAAAAACACUCUGAACACUCAUCGGCAAAAUUUAUUGUGAACUUUUUAGUCAAUACUGUAGAAUAAAUUCGCGUUGUACUUAUA